AUGUUUGACACGACGAUGGACGGCCGCCACACCCCAAGCAAGAACCGCGUCAAGCACCGGUCAAAGCACAACGUGACAGCUCUGGACGAUGCCGGGGUCAUGACCGGGCACGCGCUGGCGCAGACGGGGCCGUGCAGACGCAAUAACGUGCAGAAGCGCCGAAAUGGUAGGGAGGAAGAGCACCAGUAUAGUCGGUACACGGAGGAGAUCGAGCAACUGCCGCUCGGUCCGGACACGCUCCAGCGCAUGCAGCAUCUACACGACGGUCAGCAGUACGAUCGACCACCGAGACUGUUGCCCGACAUUGCGAGCGUCAAGAUUUUGUCGCACCAAGAAGUACAGCUCGAUGUCAAGCACAUUCAGCACCAGCUCGCGGCGUUCGAAGCUCGUGCGGGACUUCAGCUGUAUGUGAAGCGCCCGGCGGUCGGGGACAAGCAGGUUCGACGGCUGUGUCUCGUCAACGAGAGCGACAAUGACUGUGAUGCAACGACGACAGCCGCACGAUUGCCGACAGCGCGGGAUCAUCCACGCAGUGACGUCAUGGCUCCAGAGGAACUUGUUGAGACGUUACCGGCUGCUCGACGUGCUGUGCGUAUCACGCAACGUGAGCUCCAGGCCAUGAGAAUUGAGCGUGAAGAUCUCGAGCGAGCUUUUGUCCGGCAUCGGUGCACCUUGUUGUGGCAAGUUGGUGAAAUGAAGCGCAUGCAAAAGCAGCAGGAUCGUGUGACGCGAGCACUCAGUUGCGAAGUGGUGAACACGGCAAAAAGCUUGGAGUCAAGUCGACGGCGCACUAGUGCACUUCAGGACAUUAUGACAGAGCUUGACGUGCGGGGCAAUGACGUCUUGCGUCUUACUCGUGAAAAGAGCAGGCUUAAAGCAAUGCUGAAAGCACGGAAUAUUGAACUGCCUGAAAUCGACGAAGUCUGUGUUGGUGACCGUGUGCAACAUGAUUCGUUUGGGACUGGUCGUGUGCUCGAACUGCGCCUAGCUGCGCGGCAACUGGUGGUGAAGCUGGAUUCAGGUGGCACUGCAUACAUUCAAGAAGAGGGUGCGGAGGUCUUGCCGUCCGACUUGACGUAUACAGAGACAGAAGAAGAGCUUAAACGGCGCUUGUUUGAGAAAAUUGGAGCAUUUGACCAACCUUCGAGCAAGUUGCGUGUGCCCGACCGAGUGGUUGGCCCGACACUGGAUGACAGUGAAAACGAGGGUUCGGACGACAGUAACGACGAGUCAUCGUCGUCAGAAGAAGAAUCAGGGGCAUCACCUGGUGAUGAUGAGUUCACGGACGAUGCAAGUCGUCGAAAAGGCAGAAAGCGGCGACUGGUUAUGUUCUCCGCGCCAGUAAGGAGUAGCAAGAAGUCGAAGAGUCGUCGUGUGAUUGAUUUCCCAGCGUGUACGAUUCCGAGCACACCGUUCGAGACGGGACUUUUGCUGAGCCCAUUGAGCGAGUUGCCUGGUCAUGUAGCUGCAGUCGGCCCCUGUGCACUUCAGUGGCUGCCAUCUUGUCUGCCUAAAAACAUGGACGAAUGGGAGCAAGAGCGUUUGUUAUCGCUUCAGAUGAAGGGUGAGAUCAAACGGCUGCGGUAUCAGCUACAGAAAGCAGAAGCUCAUAAACUGGAUGCACAGCAGCUUGCGAGUGAUCAGCUCGAGUCGAUUAACCAGCUUGUGUCACAGUUGGACAAGUUAAGAGAUAUCCCUGGUGGUCCGGGAACUCUCGGCUCAUCCUCUGGUAGCCACAAGGCACCGAAGGGUUUUGACGACGAGGGUAAGGACACCAGCAACCGACGGGAAGACUCUGUUUUAAAACAAGGACUUGCUGAGACCAAGAAGAAUAGCAAGAGUAUUGAAGCUGACGAUCACGGCAGUAGCGUACACAGCGACGCAAGGCGAACACUGAAGAAACGACACAGCAACGCGACUAAAGUAGUGGCCGAGAAUGGCAACGAUUCUAGUGGCGUCGCAAAGGUCAAGAUGAAAGCAAAAGCUCAACCAGUCAAGCGCUCUCUUCGACCACGAAGAAAAGCUGCUACAGCUUCUCCAAAGCCUAAGUAG